AUGACUGGCAAAAUUCAGGUUGUUGUGCUCUUAAUGGUCGGGCUGGCUGCUGGCCAGGUGACGUUCGACUGGUGCGAGACCCUGACCGUGCCCUUCUGCCAGGAUGUGCCGGACAUGCCGUACAACCUGACGUACAAGACCAACGCGCUGAGCCAGAAGAAACAGCAGGACGCCGGACUAGACGUGUUCCUGCCCGUCAAAAACUGCAGCUCGAAUUUUCAGGCCUUGUUGUGCAACGUCUUCGCUCCAGUCUGCACCGUCCUUCCGCAUCCCAUCCCUCCGUGCAGGUCGGCGUGCGUCGCCGCAAAAUCCGCUUGCGAGGCGCCGAUGAGCCGCUCUGGAAUCGCCUGGCCUCACGAGCUCGACUGCGAAAAGUUCCCUGACGACGGCAAACCUUGCAUUGACGUUGACGAUUCGUCUGCAGAGCAGUGA